AUGAAGAUCGAACACAAUUUUGCUUCUGUGGCACACCCACAAGCAAAUGGCCAAGUUGAGAGUGUCAACAAACAGAUCGUCGAUGGCAUAAAAGCACGACUUGGAAUAGCGCGCAGAGGAUGGGUUGAUGAACUUCCCAGCAUCUUAUGGGCCCAUCGUACCAUGCCAAAGACUAGCACAGGGGAAACCCCAUUCAGUCUUGUCUACGGAUCAGAUGCGGUAAUCCCAGCCGAAAUUCGCCUUCCAUCGUCGCGCAUGCUCGCCAUGGAAAAGCAAAACAACGAGCAGGAGCAAAGAAUGGAUUUAGACCCUCUUGAGGAAAGGCGCGAAAACGCCGCCAUCGCAGAGGCAAGGUACAAAUCCAAACUUGAAAAAUACUACAACACGCGCGUACGCGUGUGUACAUUCGUUCCAGGAGACUUCGUUUUGCGCGACAAGGAAGCUUCUAAUGCCGAAAACUAG